AUGAAGAGGGAAAUAUUAACCCUAGCGUUUGCGCGAGCUGUCUUCGUGGAGUUCAUCGCCACGCUCAUCUUCGUCUUCAUCGGCCUCGGCUCGGCCCUGAAGUGGCCGUCCGCCCUCCCCAGCAUCCUGCAGAUCGCGUUGGCCUUCGGUCUGGCCAUCGGCACGCUCGUGCAGGCAUUCGGCCACAUCAGCGGCGCCCACAUCAACCCGGCUGUGACCAUCGCCUUCUUCGUGGGUAACCAGAUCUCCUUCUUCCGGACGCUCUUCUAUGUGAUAGCCCAGCUGGUGGGGGCCAUCGCCGGGGCUGGCAUCCUCUACGGCGUAACGCCGGCCAAUACCCGCGGCAACCUGGCCAUCAAUGCGCUCAACAACAACACGACCCCGGGCCAGGCCCUUGUGGUGGAGAUCAUCCUCACCUUCCAGCUGGCUGGCUGCAUCUUCGCGUCCACAGACAGCCGCCGGAGCAGCAACGUGGGCUCCCCGGCACUCUCCAUUGGCCUUUCCGUCGCUUUAGGCCACUUGGUUGGGAUCUACUUCACUGGCUGCUCCAUGAAUCCAGCCCGGUCCUUUGGCCCUGCGGUCGUCGUGAGGAAGUUCAGCUCCGCGCACUGGGUCUUCUGGGUCGGGCCCAUCCUUGGGGCUUGCCUGGCAGCACUGCUCUACUUCUACAUCCUGGUGCCCUACUGCAUGAGCAUGUCAGACAGGAUGGCCAUCGUCAAGGGCACGUACGAGUCGGAGGAGGAGUGGGAAGAGCAGCGGGAGGAAAGGAAGAAGUCCAUGGAGCUGACCUCCCCGUAGGAGUGGACGGGAAAGCAGAAGACGGGGAGGAAACCUUGCGCACAGGCUCGCGUGUGCACAAA